AUGGCAGCGUCAGCUACCCCGGCAGCUAUAGAGUCUGCUCGUGGUGGUAGCAGAGGUCAAGCCGGCACCGGCGACUCGGGAGGCUGGAACGCGAGCAUGCAGGCUCUGUGCGCCAUGCUACGAGCGCGGCGACGAGACCCUAACUUGGCGGGGCUCGUUUUCAUGGCUCUAAAGGCGUGCAUCGUGGAGUGGGCGCACGCUUGCGAUGCCAUAGCCGGGGCUUCCAGCGAACAGCAAAGGAAACAAAGGGAGCAGCAGCAGCAGCAGCAGAAUCAGCAGCGGGAGCAACAAAAUUCGUUCGGUGCCAUGGUUGCUCGGGGUCGGGGUUGGCGCGGUGGCAGCACCAGCGUCCCGGGGGGUGGCAAGGAGACGGCAGCAGCACCAGGGGCUGCACCAGCCUUAAAGCCACAGUCCUCCUCCUCGCCUAGAGGAGAACAGCUAUCUGAAACCACAACCAUCGUCACAGCGGCGGCGGCGGCGGCGGCGGCGGCAGGAAACAAUGCUGUCCCCGAUCGUUCCAGCCACAAAGGGGCCGCGGCAAGCGCGGCGAUCACGUCGAUAGCCGCAAAAGGGAUCCGCAGGGACGGCAAGGAUACAGCAGAGCUCUCGGUGACACCGAGAGGGAGGAUGCACCUGGGGAUUCGUGAGGUGCUAAAGGCGGGUCUAGUGUGGGCCGAAGCUGUGCCGCUGUUCAGGGCACCUGAGGCAGGGAUGAACAGCAACCGGCGUUUGGCUAGCGGAGAACAGGCUGCGGCGGCGGCGGCGGCGGCGGCGACGGGGGAUGUAUCAUUUAGCCCCGCCAUGGCGCAGGCGGUGGAGCGACUCUGCAGGUUGUUGGACACGGGCUUCGCCGAGAUGGGGUUCGGCAGGUUCGAAGGCGCGGUGCCGCUAGGGGAGGCCAUCUCUCUCGUAGCAUUCGACGUUUGUGUUCCGGAGGUCUUGAAGAACUUGCGAGCCGCCCAGCAACCGAGCGAUAGUCGAGAGGGCGUCGAACAACUCAUGCUUACGUUCCUUCCGGACGACCCGCCGGAGCCCGACGAAGUCGAUCAAGACUCCGCCCUUCCCGCCGCACUACCAGCCGCCACGUCUUCCUCAGCGGCGGCCAAGUCUGACGGCAGCGAGCAAGCAUCUGAUGAUCGGUCGACAGCGGCUGGCGCGGUGGUAGACGGGGACGGGCACGACGGCAGCGGCGGCAAAAACACCGGAGGUGGUGGCGACAGCGGUCGAUCGGGGUCCCCCGCGAACAGCCGUGGCAGGGGCGGCAGCGCGUUCGUGGACAACGCAGCGGCCGGUGGUGUGGGGCUGAUGCUCUCAAGUCCAACCAAUCUCGAGCCCUUUCUCCUACCAUCCGCCUCAUCUCUUCUCACGGCGAAUUCGUCUUUGUCAGCGGCAGCGGUGACCGCCACACCGUCAGCCGGGGUUGGCGAGGGGGUAGGCGCGACGCUGCCACAUCGACCAGGCGGCGGGGGAGCGUUGACGUCAGCGGCAGGAGCCCCAAACCCGUCUGUCGGUGCCUCAGCGGGGCUACUAUCCUUCAGGUAUCCUGUGGGGGCAAGUGGGGGUGGAGGAGCGAUGGGGAGUGACGAGAGACUGUGGCUGGUGUACGACGGCGAUUCCGCUGCGGGCAAAGGCGUGGUCAGCAAGGUCAACGCUCCUGAUCCGUACUGGUUAGGACGCGCGCCUCCCGGAGCGGUUUGUCCUCACCGACACAGUAUGGAGUUUUUCUCUUCGUUCGAGAGCGCCAAUCUUCUUCGUGCAGUGCAGGUAUGGGGUUGGCAGAGAGGACCUGCGGAGUAUGAUCUCUUCCUCCGGCCGGACCUCCACACCCACGGGCACACCCAGUGGUUCUACUUUGCCGUGCGCGGCACACACCCUCCCGGAGUGGUCGGCGACUCGGUCAUCAAGUUCAACGUUGUCAACCUCACCAAGCCUGAUAGUCUGUUCGCUAUGGGCAUGAGGCCGGUAAUGUACUCCCACAAGGACGCCGAGGAGAAAGGGCUUGGGUGGCGGCGUUGCGGCCACGGAAUCGACUACCGCAGCAACGGGUAUUCCUGGUACAAGCCGGAUGGAUCGCACGCCAGCUUCUACACGCUUUCGCUGUCGGUGACCUUCCCCAACUCCGGGGAUACUUACCGCCUGGCUCACGCGCAUCCCUACUCGUACUCUGAUCACAAGCGACAUCUCGCCGGACUCCUUGAGAACGAGGGCACGUCGAGAUAUCUCAAUCACACAGUCCUGUGCAAAACACUGGGCGGCAACGACUGCGACCUUCUUACGGUUACAGACCCCCACGACACACCGAUAACCGCCACGGGAAUAGUAAGUAGCAGAAGCAGCAGCUAUGGCAGCAGUUCCCCAACCUCUGACCAGCAACAACAACACCAAGGGCAGCAGCAGCACGAAAGACAUCACGGGGCAGGAGUAGAGCCCCCAGGGGUGACCACCUCAAGCAACAAUAGCAACACAAAAACCAACCUCGAGAGCUCAGAAACAACUACAGAAGCGAUAGCCGCAGCAGCACCGGUAGCCGGCGGGGCGGCACAAGCAGGGGCGAUGAACGGCAGCGGCGGCAUCGGUGGCGAGGACGUCGGUAGCGGCUCUCUUGGAGUAGGAGCAGGAUUAGGUGGCCGGUACGGUCUGGGCGGUAUGGUGGGCCGGCGCGGGAUGAACAAGCGUUGCGUGGUGAUCAGUGCGCGGGUGCACCCAGGAGAGACUCCGGCGAGCUGGAUGAUGCGAGGAAUGCUGGACUUUCUCACGGGUGACAGUGCCGAGGCUAGGCUUCUUCGAUCCCUGUUCGUGUUCAAGAUCGUGCCGAUGCUCAACCCGGAUGGAGUCGCGUUUGGCAACAACCGUUGUAGCUUGGCGGGAGUGGACUUGAAUCGUCAGUGGAAGAGGCCGUCUCGUGCUUUACACCCGACGGUGUUUUGGCUGAAGCAACAUAUCCGGCAGGAGCAGAUGAAGAAGGGGGUUGCGAUGUACAUCGACCUACAUGGGCACAGGGGCGUCUCCUGCCCCUCAGCGCGCGUAUUUCCCAAGCUGCUCAGCUGGAACCGCUUGGGACGGAAGUACGUCUCCUUCAAGGAGUGCUCUUUCGCCGUGAAGAAGGGGAGGGAGGCCACGGCAAGGGUAGUGGUGGUUUUGACAUGGGACAUAACCCGACAGGCACGAGACCUUGGCAUUGGCAACAGUUACACCGUGGAGAGUACCUUCUGCGGGGUGGAUUUCGGUCCCUUGAAGGAUCACCAUCUCAACACUGAUCACCUGCAGGAAGCGGGUGUGGCGAUUUGCGACGCACUUCUCGACUACUACCUCCCAAAUCAGGCCCAGCGGGAGCGGGCACACAGCGAUCUCAUGGCGAGAGACGGCAUCGAGGGGUCACGGCUAGGCUUGCUCAACAUGCCUCCGCCGAACGGAACAAUUUUUGCUGCUGCCGUCUCCGGUGGGGGAGGUUCCGACGUUGAACCUUCCGCGGACGGAGAGAGUAACGGCGGGAGGGGCGCGGGCAGGAGUAACGUUGGCGGCUGUGGCGCAGCCGGCGAGGAGGGGGGGGCACAGGAAACGGAGGGACUAGACGUCGACGAUGAUGUCGUCGAUAACAACGACGACAUCGAAUCAGAAGAUGACAAUGACUCCGCAGACGCUGCCGCGGGAGCGGAAGCGGAAUCGGAGGCCUCUCCUGAAGAGACCGACCCGGACACCCCAUCGGACGCAGACCCGCCGCUCACCACCACGCCAUCCCCGCAGAGCACCCUGCCACCAGCAGGCGUCGUUGCUCAGGCACGAAGAGCCCCUUCCUCCUCUCCGCGCAUCGGGGCCAGCGGGCAGGAUCCACCGAGACGAGCGGGCGGAGAAGACAGUGCAUUUGACCCUGAUGCCCCUCUGGUCUUAGCGAGACGCGGUGGUGGUGGUGGUGGUGGUGGUGGCAGUGGGAGCAGCGAGGUUGUCGCAGAACACUUCUACGGUGACGCUGCGGCGCGCAAUCGAGCACAACACGAGCAAGGCGAGCACGUUAACGGCGGUGGGGGAGGCGGGGACGGGGAAGGAGCGGGGGUUGGAGAGAGCAACACGACCAACCCUUGGGCCGGGAUAGAGUGGGGUCAAGGAGAAGGGGAGAGCGGCGACACGGUGCGGAGAUGGGGGAGAGUGGUACAAGAGGUAGACGGUUACGGCUUGAGCGAAAUAGGGGCAAACGGCGACUUAGAGAUACCACCGACUACGGAGGACGCAGGGUUGGGGGGAAGCGAGAAAGAAGAAGGGCGCCGGUCAUCGACGAUUCUCGGCAAGGCCGGAAGUCGAACCGAAGCAACGGGCGAAGAGGGUGGUCAGGCAGCAAUAGCUACAGUGGCGGUGGCGGCCACGCGGGCGAAAGUCGCGACAGGGGAACCACCUCCGCCGUCGGGACGGAAAAGCAGGAAGGAACGGCGACGCGCCUCCGGUUCGCGCGCUCCGAAGGCGUUAGCUCUGAGCGGUGAGUUGUAUGUAAGCUCAAAAGUGCUUUCGUCGAGGCCCAGUCGUCGAAAACGUUGUGGGAUCUUCACGUCAGGCGAUGCAUAUACAGGAAUUAUGGCUACCACCCGCAAAAGUUGGUUUUCGUCCUUGUCGUCGCACGGUACCACGGCCAUGCAGCGAGUGACGAAUGUGACAGUGUUGGCCGCGAGCAACAUAACAACCACCGAGGCGUCCCCCGCUGGGUUAUUUUCAAUCCGCGAUGCUUUCCUUUCAUGUUUCUUUACUCCCAAAAAAGGAAACCGUGGGAGAGGUGGGAGCGAGCGCAGUAUCGUCGUACGGCAACAUCGUCCCCGCGACAGCUUUGGAAACGGCGGGAGCAGUGACGAUGCCGCUCGGCGCGCAUCCGAUGCAGCAUUGCAGGUAAACCUUGGCACCGCCCGAUGA